AUGGAUGACAGCGAUCGCAAGCCUCACAUAUGGACAUCGAUCGUUAACUGGCUCUUGUGGCUAUGCUUGUGUUUGAUGGUUGCCUCGCCGUCGAUCCUCUUUGCCAUGGCGGAGGCUUUGCCCAAAACGAAUCAGAACGGCUAUGACUUCGACUUGGACCUCAUCCUGAAGAUGUGUCACUAUGGUGCCCCUUUCUUCAGUACUUUCAUCGUGGACUUGUUGCUGGCCGGGCUUCUCAGCAGGGUCUUCUCGAAGGCCACUGGUCUCAAGGCUGACCGGUUGCUGAUGAUGAUGAAGCUUUGCUCCGAAUGGCUGUCGCCGGUCGUUGCAACAGUUUUGCUACAUGAGAACUGCGCAGCUGGCUGGAAGCAUUUCUUUUGGAAAGUGUGCCGUGACAAGAAGCAAGCAUACUUCGAUUGGAAGGUGUUUGAUGAUGUAAUUCUCACCACUCAGGAGAUCUGCCAUUUUGAUCUGCAAGAUUUCAGAUGGUUCACCGAUGGUGCUUGUAGCCGCUCGGUGGUUGAAAGCAUGGGGACGUUCCUCAUCAAGAAGACUCUCUUGAAGGCUAUCCUGAUUCCAUCCAUUCUGGCAUUGGCUUUUCACCUUCUUCUCGGCCGGAACGAGUUUCACUCUGAGAGGACUCGCAGGUGCUUCAGCGGGUUUCUUUCUUGGCUCAAGGGCAAGGUGACCAAGACCAUGAACUCAAUGCCCCAGCAUGUGCAGCUGACCACAUGGCUUGAAAUUGCUGUUAUUUGGGGCCCUCUGGUGCCAUUGCUGAGCAUAGCACUGUUGGCAGCGGUAGCUACCAACUUUCUGCUUGUGCAGUUCGCUUUAUCUCAUGUGGGACUGUCAACAGAUGCCAAUGACACCAAUGACCUAAAAGCGUCCGUGUCAUAUACGUACUUGCACAUUGCGGUGAUUACAAGUGGCGCCAUGCAAAUUUGGUAUGUGCUCAGCACCAAGAUGUUGGGUGGUUUCUUGUUGCUGCCAGUUCAAAUCUUCGUGAUGUUCCCCCAGACGCUGCUGAGACCAGCCCUCACAUGGUUGCCUUUGUCAAUUCAGAACUGGCUCAAGUUUGAUGAGACGCCGAACGAUGCUGGGCCUAGUAGCAUCGAGUUAGCUGAAACUUCUGGCGGUGCAGGCUUUCAAGAAGCAGAUGUGACAUGA